UCACGUCUGUUACUUUUAAGUAUUUUUUAGUGCUUUUCUCCGUGGUUUUCAUCGACUUCCGCUGUUGUCGAUAUCCACGACUUCAAAAAACUUUUUUUUAUCUCGCGAAACUCUACUGCAACAUCAAAAAAUUUGGUUCUUGAACAUAACUAGAGCAAAAAAUUCGACUCUCUAUCGUAGAAUCAAGCCUGUAACUACAAGAAACUAUUGCCCAAAAAGGAAAAUCAGCGAAACAGAAAGAACUGAUAAUACUGGCUUUAAAUUCCCCGAAGCAUAACUUUCCUUUCUCUGUCAACGGUCGGUCAAGUUUGCAUCCACGCGACUCGGAGUUGACAUCGCGACGUCAUGAAGGCCUCUGAGCUUCAUAAGCGGAUGUAUCAUUUUGUUGUCUGAAGAAACGGGUUGUUAUCGGCCGAAAAAGAAACGUUCUUAGCGGUGUCUUUCAUAAAGCGGUUAGCCUCGGAACACGCCUGAAGGGGAACUCGGUGAAUUGAAAAAAUACAUCAAUGUGCAGAUAAAUUUCAAACUUUAGGAGACCAAGUCAAGAGUUGUUUAAAGAUUUUUCACCAGAAAAAUGAACUUCAGAGUAUACAUUUUUUGCCUCUGCAUAACACUAAUAUGUGGUAAAGAACUGCUGGAAGGGCAAUACAGGAGGCUGCCAAAUGCCGUAGCUGUUGUUGGAAGACCUUUUGAGUAUAAUUUACCCCCCUGGGAUGGCAGCCAACAGCAAUAUAAGGCCUUAGAAAAAGGUAAAACAGUUCUACCCAAAUGGCUGUCAUUUGAUGAAGCCAGUAACAAACUUCUUGGUGUACCAUUAUGGCGUGACAAAGGCACAGUUCAAGUUGAAAUCCAGACAAGGCAUGGGGACUGGAAAGCUGAACUCUCAAUCACUGUUCAAGAUUUGCAUACAGUCUUGGAGAACAAGUUCAUCCUAUCAAAUGAGACAAAGAUACCAUCCUUUGCCGAACCCAAAUGCACCAAUGGAAUACCUGUAGCAGUUGCUACUGUGCAGUUUGAUCUUCAUAUUGAUAAACUGUAUGGAGAGGACAGAAUAAAUCUCAUGAGAAAAUUGUCUGACUUUGCUGAUGUUGGCACAAUGGAGCUUCACAUGGCAGUUGGCAAAGGACACAGCACAGCAUUCGGGUUGAAAGAUAUCAUGCCGGUUACAGCAGGGCCAGGAAAUGUGGCAGAUUCCAAGCAGCCAGGUGUGGUGAUCUCUUGGAAAAUUGGUUGUGGAAUUGACCUGUCAGGAAUGCAUGUGGCAUCUCUUUUAAAGUCCAGUUCUGAGCAUGGGUCAUUUAAACAAGCCUUGAAGGCACCUGUCAGUGGGUGGCAUAUUGCCACAGGACAACCUAAAAUUAAGCAGAAAAGGGGGCGCAGACAAGCUCCCAAUCUUAUGCCAACUCCAACGUGGACCAACAUGAUGCCUACUCCAACAAGUAUGACAGCCCCACCAACUAUUUCAGUGACACGCACUACAAUAACUUCAACACCAACAAUCACUGUUGACACAGAAGCGCCUAAACUUCUUAACCCAAUCCCCACAAUAUCUGUUUUCUUAGGGAUAGUGACUCGCUACAAAAUCCCUGAGGACACAUUUGUAGAUACAUGGGAAGGUGUAUUCACAAGAGAUUUGCGACUGGAUAUGAGGCAUUUUAAUGGAUCACUUGAAAGCAAACUGCCACCUUCAUCAUGGAUAUUCUUCGAUUCAAGCACACAAGAAAUUUAUGGCCUGCCCUUUGGUAAUGACUUCACAGGAUCACACCACUUUAUUAUCAGGGCAGCAGAUAAAGCUGGAAAUAUUGCUUCACAGAACAUUACUGUAAAAGUAUCAAAUCGCAACCUCAUGUACAAUCAUCAGUUUACAAUUGUCCUGAACUAUAACUAUGAGGAAUUCAUGAACAAUGUGAAUAUUCGUCUGCUGUUGAUAAAUAAAUUAGCAAAUUACUAUGGCUAUGACAACUCCAAGCUACAUGUUUCAUCCUAUACAUACAUGCACGGCUAUCUUUUUUUCACCUUCCAGUUUGAGUCGUUAACCUUGGAUUGUAAUAGUAGAGAAUUAAAGAAUCUUGUGGAUGGCUUUGGAAAAAGCAAACUGAAUCCUGAAUUUCAGAAACAUCUUCUUCCAGAGUUUGAUAUCAAGUAUGGCUAUCAUGGAGGCAUUGGGCCUUGUAAACCAACUUCGCAGCUCAACACUAAACCUGUUGUACACCAAGCACUUGGCCAGCUGAAUGUCUAUUUGGGACAAGGAAUGCGCUACAAGAUCCCAUGGGACACAUUCUUUGAUAAGGAAGACUAUUACACACCCAGUUUAACCCUAGAAUUAAGAACAAAAGACGACAAACCUCUACCAUCAUCGUCAUGGAUAAAUUUUGAUGCUUCUCAACAAGAAAUUUAUGGCCAACCCAUUGAUGUAAGCUCUCUUGGAUCACAAGAGUUUCGUUUGUUUGCCAUCGACAGUGAUGGAUUGCAAGCAUUUACCAAUGUAAAGCUGUCAGUUGUAGAUGACACCAACCGUUAUAAUCACGAUUUUGGUAUUGCUCUCAAUGCAGAUCAUCACACAUAUGAAAACUUGAUUGAAAAUGCUGAAAACAGAGUGUUGCUGGUAGAGGCGAUAGCUAAUUACUACAACCUAAACCUUGGACAUGUACGCAUUUUCAAAUUCCAACAUGGCCCAUCUUUCCAUUUCAGAUUUGAUUCUAUCCCAUAUGAUGACUGUAAGAAUACCCUUUUACAAAGAAUUAUUGGUGGAUUCUGGAAAAGUAAUGAGAUAAACCCAGAAUUUGUAAAUGCGCUCAAUGACAACAAUUUCAUUGUUGACACUGGUUACUACUUUGUCAUUGGACCAUGUGAAGACCUCAGUCCCCCCAAAGGAGGACCACCAAAUUUUGUUGGAGAUCGUAUCAGGGAAGAAAUGUAUCUAGGGCAAGCACUAUUCUUCCAAAUACCUCAUAAUGCAUUCUUUGAUGAGCAGGACUUUUAUACACCUAACUUAAAGCUGAGCCUAAAAACAACAGAGAACAAGGGUCUUCCAUCACCUUUUUGGAUUUACCUUGACACUGAAAAACAAGUCAUUUACUGUUUGCCCAAGAGUAUCAGCACAGUGAAGAGAAAUAGAUUUGAACUAAUUGCAACAGAUAGUCAUCAACAGGAUGGAGACGGCUCCGUGAUAAUAACAGUCAAGAAUGACCCAGGCAGUUACGACUACAAAUUCUCUAUUCGUAUUAAAGACUACUCAGCAAUUAAGGAUGAUGUUGUGAUAAUGUUUCAAUUGUUGCAAAAAAUUGCCAGAUACUAUGGAUGGAACUAUCAAAAUGUGAGGGUCUUCAGGCAAGAAUCUGAGGGUUUUUUCACAUUUGGAUUUGAUACCAUUCCUUCAAAUGACUGUGAUGGUGAAAUCUUUCAAAAGGUGAAAGAUGGGUUUUGGGCAGGCACAAAGCUGAAUUCCAACUUUCAGAAGGCCCUUCGUCCUGAGUUCCAUGUAAUUUCAGGAUUUUACACUUGUCUGAAUUCUUGCUCUUGCAACACACCACCAGUAGUAUUGAACCCCAUCAAAAGCCAGUCAGUGUUUGAAGGGCAAGCCUUGGUGUUUUCCAUCCCAGGAGAGACCUUUUAUGAUAAAGAAGAUGGAUACAAUCUGGCCUUGAGCUUAAAAACAGAGACAGAUGAGGAGCCCUCAGCUUCAUGGAUCCUCCUUGAUAAACAACAAAUAAAACUGCUGCCAAUUGACAAGAACAAAAUUGGAACGCACAAGUUUGAACUGAUAGCAACAGACAAAGAAGGUUUGGAAGGUCGUGAUGAAAUUGAAGUGAACGUUCUAGAUGACAGAAGGCUAUAUAACCACAUGUUUAGUAUCAAAAUUGAAGAUGGAUCUGCCGGGUUUGAUGCCAAUGGCAGAGUUAAUUUUGUGCGGUUACUUGCCAACUACUUUGGUGUGAACUUAAAAAAUGUCACUGUCCGCAGCUAUGGCUUAUGGCCAGCUGUUCACACAACUUUCCAGUUUGUCCAGACUAACCAAAAGUGUGAUAAUCCAGAAUUGCGACGGUGGAGAGCCAAGUUUAUGAAAAAUGGACAAUUAAAUACAGAAUUCAGUGAUGCGCUCAGACCUAACUUUCAAGUUGUGUCUGGGUCAUUUGAAUUUAAGGAUAUCUGCCAACCAAGUCCAGGACCCGAUACUGCACCAGAAUUAUACAAUCACAUUGACCGCCUCAAUGUAUACCAGGGACAGGGUCUACGAUUUUUCAUUCCAAGUGACACAUUCUUUGACAAGGAAGAUUUCUUCACACCAAAUUUGACGCUGGAAAUGCAGACAAUCAAUGGUAAUGCACUUCUCCAAACAUCUUGGAUCCUCCUCAAUUCUUCCCGCCAAGAAAUCUAUGGUUUACCUUCUGAUGUUGACUCCAUUGGAUUACAUGAGUUUUUGAUGGUGGCAGCUGACAAGGAAGGAAGUAAGGCAUAUGAUGCGUUUGAAGUAAGAGUGCUUGAAGACAUUGUACGCUACAACCACAAGUUCAACAUUUUGAUAGACUAUGACAAUAUUACCUUUAUGGAUAAUGUUGGAGUAAGAGUUAUCUUGUUGGAGAAGAUAGCAGAUUACUUUCGUGUAAACUUCACCAGUGUCCGAGUGGCUGGCUACACCCCUGGGGUACUCUUUUCCUUCUAUUUUGAUUUCAUUCCCUAUGAGGACUGCUCAAAUUCUUUACUGGCAGAACUUAUUGAUGGAUUCUGGUUUGGCUCAGAACUAACUCCACAGUUUGUAACUGCAUUAGGUCCAGAGUACAGAGUCAUAUCUGGAUCCUUCAAGAGUCUUCCUCCUUGUAGCUCUUUUAUACCAGGAGAUCCAGAAGCGAUUGGUGACCGCCCUGGAGGAAUAUGGUGGACUUAUGCAAUCAUACCUGCCAUUGUACUUGCCAUUGUUCUCCUUCUCAUUGGGUGCUGUGUUUUGCUUUUCAUGGGAUGUUGCAGAAAGCAGAAACCCACAGGGGCAGAGAAGACAACUUUUAUUUACAGGCGAAAGCCAGUUGUUCUUCAGGAAGAAUAUGAGAUCAAGGAACAACUACUGAAGCAGCCAAUUGUCUUGCCAAAUGAAAAACCACCAGUGCCCCCUGCGUUUCCCCACAGCCCUGUCCUAAAUGGUGACAGAACUCCACUCCUGAUGGAGGAAACAAAGUCAGUAGCUUACCAAGCACCAACAUUUCUGUCUAGUAAACAAAUGUCAAGUGGUGGUGCUGGUGGUGCUGGUGGUGCUGGUGGUGGUGGCGGUAGUGGCAAUGCAGGAUUUGUGGCAAAUGGUGCAGGAGGAGGAGGUGGAGGAGGAGGCGGAGGAGGAGGAGGUAGUGCGGUGGCUGGUGGUGGUUUCAGUGCAUUUAGUGGGGCGGCUGGUGGAGGAGGUGGUUUUGGAGGUGCAGGUGGUGGUAGUAGCAGUGCAGCUGCUGGUGCUGGAGGAAGUGGCAGUGCAGCUGGUGGCGGUGGAGCUGUUGUGGGAGGCAGUAGUAUGUCUGGUGGUGGUGCAGGAGGAGCUGGUGGUGCAGGUGGAGCAAGUGCUAGUGGUUUUGGAGGGGGUGCAGGAGUUGGGGCUGUUAGUUUUAGUAUGGCUUCUGGUGGUGGUGGAAGUGGUUUCAGGCAAACCUCAUACAGCUACAGUUACAGCAGCAGUGGAGGCAGUGUAUCCAGUGGAAGUCGUAAGGCAGCCUAUGCAGGCUACAGACUACCUCCGGCCUAUGUGCCACCAUGAGCUCAAUAGAAGAGAAGUUUCUAUGCAUUACAUUUGGGUAGCAAAACUGUUGAAAGAAACAUUUUUACCUACCAAAACAUGUUUGCAGUUGCAUUAAGGUGGCAAAAUAUGGAAUAAUAUGCAAAGGAACAUUCUGAAGAAAGCUGAAAACCUCCUGUCAGGAAUGCUGCUUGUUAUAAGGAAUAUAUAUCAACAAGGACUUUAGUGAAUGUUUCUAUAGCUUUUUUAUUUGUUGAUUGUGGUGCACAUGUCUGUGAAGUUAAUAACACCAAUUAUUUAAUAAGCAAAGAAACCACAAAAGUGAAUACUGCCAAGGAUUAUUCACUGUAAGUGAUAUUAAGGCAAGUAAGAGUGCACGAGUUCUAAUUUUUGCAUGAUUGAACUUUAACUCCCAAGAUCUGAUUAAUUUGUCAUUCUCCCUUUUAACUUUUACACAAUUCUUUGAAAGCUUGUUUGGAGAAUUUGAUAUUCUAUGAUGGCAACAGCCUUAAGCUGAUAAGGUUGCAUAUUCUCAUCACAUCUUGGCUGGAUAAUGUAUAGAAAGUGUUUGGUGUUUGAGAAUCCAUAAAGUAACUGCUUGUUGAAGUUCUCUUAGGAAACUGGUAGUUGCUACUGUUUGCUCUUAAGAAGUGAAAUUUAGAGCUUCUAACAAGAAUUUGCAUAUACUGUUAUUAAGAAAAUGGUGUAAAAUUUCUUAAUUUUGGAUAUUUAGGGUGCAGAUAUUUGCAGUAAUAAGUACAAGUUAGUGGUUAAACUUAAAAGAGCCAAUGCUUGGAAUUAAAUUGCACUUUUCAAUAAUUUCAAGUAUGCUAAAAAAAAAGGUUAUUUUAAAUUAAUUUUUUUUUGUAGAAAAAAUGUAUGGAAGAAAGUCUUUAGUGGCAACAUAAUUAUCUUAUUUGAACGGAAUGUCACAUUGUCCAGCAGUUAUUAUUAUUAUUAUUGUAUUUAUCAAAGGGCCUGUCAUUCAUUUAUUUGAUGUUAAAAUUACUUUGAUCAAACACAACCAGUGCAGGAAAUUUUUUUCUGUUAUUUGGAUUUAUUAUUCUUAGUUUCACAAUGUAGAUAUAAUUUCAAUUGUAGUGGUGUCUUCACAAGGUGAAGACAAUCAGUUUUGUACGCUUUAAACUUUGUGUUGUACAUCUGAAGUAACUAUACUGUGAGACAAACAAUAAUAGAGUCUGACAUGCCAUUUAUCUGUGGUGUGUGUGAGUGAAACUUUUACUGUCUUUAUCAGUAAUGAAUGUUUUACAUCAGUGAACAGUUAAAAUCUUUUGAUGACAUUGGCAUUACUACAAUUUUCCUGUUAUUAUUUGUUAAAUAUUGUUAUGUCCAUAAAAAAGCUGUUUCACAGUAUGGUUCAUAAUUAUAGUCUUAAAAAGCAGACUGUUCAAGUAGUAUAAUUAAUUGAAGUAAUUCAUUCAUCAGAUUGUUUCUUGGAUAUAUUGGAAACCAUAGGAAGUAGAUUAUUUGUAUCUAUUGAUGAGAGCUUUGACAAUUUUAUGUUCAGGUCUCAUUAACAGCUGAUUUUUGUAGCAUUAGGGUUGUUGUUGGAACUUCCUGAGUUGCACUGACUUAGGAUGCCAUAGUUUGACAGUGAAUCUUGUUCAUGCCUUUGCUUGUAAAUUUAACAUGAAUCUAUCGUUUGAACUGUAAACAGUUCAGUGUGGUGAAAAAGUUCUUGCGUUUAAAGUAUGACUUCUGCUUUUGGAAAUGCUUUGCCUAUGGCAAUUUUGGAAAAAAAAUAAACUUCAAAUGUUCAAUGUA